AUGGCAAAGGAGACUGAGUUGAUGACCGAAGACAAAUAUGUCGUUCUUCAAGCCAUGGUAGUGCAUCCUGACUACCAGCGACAAGGCAUUGGUGCAGAGUUGAUUCAAUGGGGUGUUGACAGAGCCGAUAAAGAGAAGCUUUCAUGCUGGUGUCAUGCAUCGCCUGCAGGAUAUCAGCCAUAUUUCAAGGCUGGAUUCCUGGAGCAAGGGAGUAAUGAAUAUGAUCUGGGAAUUUUUGGAAAAUAUACAUUCUGGUAUAUGGUCCGCCGACAUGACUCUGCUUGA